GAGGUGAAGCUUGUAGUCCUCAUCCAUCUACUCCCAAGCUCAAUUCCUACCAAUGAAGAAACUAUUCGGGCGGGACAAAGCAAAGCAGCAAAAGGUAACGUCGCAUAGAGAUGCUGAUGUUGUCAUCGACGAUGAUGCACCACCUAUGCGCCCCCCGCGCCCCUCAGAAGACCACCGUGACUGGGAGAUGCUAUCUGACCCCCCUGUCCCUUCUAGUCCGUAUCCUCAGUUUGCAGUGCCUCCAACGAUACCAAGUCGCUCGUCUUCUCUUGCUUCGCUCCCACCUAUCCGCCACAGGUCACACUGCCCCCACCCCCAGACUAAUAACCCAAACCCAACCCAUACCGUGCGGAGAGACGGACGCAAGAUUCAGAAGGCGCAGCCUGCACCUGCUGUACUCGGUAUACUGAAGUCCCUUGAUCCACACUUGGACCUCGCCCUUCAACAUUCCCACUCACACCACGGCCAUGAAGUAUCAGACGAUUACAGGGACAGGGCAGAGAAGAAGGAGAGGAAGAGUUUCUGGGACGGAAUUAUGCGUGACAGGGACAGGGACAAAGAUAAAGACAGGGAGCGUGGACGUGAUAAAGAGCGUGAAACUCGUGAGAAGGAAAAGGAACGAGAAAAGGAGAGGGAGCGAGAAAAGGACAAGGAACGCAUUUGGCGCGAGGAGGAUAACCCCUCAGAGCUUACGCGCAUGAUCGGGUACCUUACAGCAACUUCAUCGGAGGACUGGACCCUUGUGCUCGAGGUCUGCGAGCGCGCGUCUUCUAAUGAAGCGAAUGCAAAGGAGGCUAUGAAAGCCCUCAGGAGAGAAUUCAAAUAUGCAGAACCCAAAUCUCAAUUAUCUGCUGCAAGGUUAUGGGCAAUAAUGCUCCGCAACGCCUCCGACAUCUUUCUUACUCAGAUCAGCUCCCGUAAAUUCAUUGACACCCUCGAGGACGUGCUCAUAAGCUCAAGAACCAGCCCCGUCGUCAGAGAACGACUAAUGGAGGUGCUUGCCGCUGCAGCGUUCAUCACCAGUUCACGUCCUCACCCCUCACCCAAAUCCGAACCAUCGCCGUUUUCACUCAAAGAUCGCGACCGUGAUAGGGACGGUUUCCGUGCACUAUGGACGCGAUUGAAACCUGCUGACAAGCCCGAUGUGGGCAUUCCCUUCGACACAGAGGAUGCUAUGUUUAGCCCUCCCAUCGUUCCAACGCGUCCGCCGAUAGGGGAGCGGCCGUCAAGGAAGAGCCUCCAUCAGCGUGGCGUUAUUCCUCCUGAAGAGGACAUGAAGCGUUUGUUCCAGGAAUGCAAAAUCGCAAAAGGAAAUGCGAAUGUCCUUUGCGAAUUGCUUACAUACACGAAACCGGAAGCAGAUAGAAGGGAGCCUAAUACCGGUACGUGUGAUCUCUCAGAAUUUUUGUCAAAAUGCCGCGCGUCGCAAGAACUCAUAUAUACCCAAAUCCCAUGGGCAUCUGCAGGCGCUGAACGAUCACGCCUUGACCGAGAAAGGAAUGCAGAAGGAAACGGACGUACGAAAUCGCAGCUUGACCUUCAAUUCAGUUCUCCACCGAGUCGUGAUUACCAUGGCGGGGAUGCGAAAUUAUAUAAUGCAGAUGGAGAGGAGCAGACUGCGGAGGAGGAGCUUCUUGGCGCGUUGCUUGAAGCGAAUGAGGCGCUGUUUGGGGCGAUGAGGAUGUAUGAUGAUGCUAUGCGGGUUGCGGAGGAGCGGGUGGCCGUUGAAAUUAGUAGGAGGGAUGUGAAGAUGGACCGAAGACACAUCGAAAAUGAGUACCUUGGAGAAUCUCACCACGAUUAUGGUGGUUCCUCACGCACGCCAUCACCGAUGCCAUCGCCACCUGGCUCGCCCCGACCUCGUUCGCCUGCAUUCCCGUCACGCCCACCCUCGCCAGAUAGGGGUGGUCUCGUACGUGCAUCAAGGGGGAAUUCGCUGGAAAGUAUGGGUGGUGCUUUGGAACGGCUGCACAUGGAGGAUAACGAUGUAGAUGAAGAAGAGGUUACAUCUCCCAUACGACCAAGCGCGAAGGCGCUUGGGAAGAGGAGGGUCGUUGAGGAAGCCGAAGAUGAACAAUACGACUCGAGUGACUUGUACUACGAGCCGAGGCGCGAAUCCGUUGCACUGGACUCAGAUGAGGAAACACGCGGUGGGGAUCAUGCAAAUGCCUUAUGGGGAAGACCUACGCAAUACGUGUAUGACGCGGCUGCUGAGCGCACGGCGCAGCAUCUGCGAGAAGGUAGAGUGAAUGUAGCUGUGAAUGGGGUGCAUUAGGGUUCUUUUGAUAAUUGGCACUUGUGGUUCUGCUACUAAUCUGUCUCGAGCUUCAUUUUAAGUACUUGUGGUUAGAGAAGAUGUCCAUUUCAUUCCUUCACAUCAUGUUCAACCAAUUUGUAUAUUAGCUUCUGUAGUCAAUCAUCCAACCCUGCUAUUUAUGUUUUCUUUUGGAAC